CUAACCCAAUAAAUUGUCCCACAAAACCCAAGAAAACAGAAAAAAGCCCAAAAGACCACAAUCACUUUUAAAAAGAAUAACCUUUUAUUCUCCUAUAAACAUUUGGAUUUGCAACUCCCCCUAAACAUGCAUUUGGAUCCCCAAGUUAUUUAGUAGCAUCAACUUGUUUGUGUCUUUGAGUGUAGGGUACUAUUUUACCUGUUGAAAUGAAAGCAAAACAGAAGGUAGAGAAAAAGGAGUUAAAUCCAACUUCUUCAAUGGGUUCUUCAUAUCAUACAAAAAGGAGAAGCUUCAGUAGACCCUCUUGGCUUCUUUGCACUGUUGCUGAUUUGGAUGAGAAGAUGAAGAAGGUGGCUCUUAAAAUUCCAGAAAAAGACAGCCCUGACAGUUUUGCAGAACGCGCAGACGCCUAUUACCAGAAACGGCCACAACUCUUGGCCUUACUUCAAGAACUCUACAACAGCUAUGUCUCUUUAGCAGAUCGCUACUGCCAAGCACUUGCCAAGAACCAUAAUCAUCGUCGCUAUUCUUCUCCAAUUCCAUCAUUAACUUUCAGCGAAAAUGGUACCUAUGACGAGGAAGACAAUGGUGGAGAGAUGAUUGAUUCUGAUGCUGAGAGUUCAUUAUCAUAUCAGCCUUCCUUCCCACCUUCAAAACAGGACAAAUUUGAUGUUGAAAUGAUUGUUGCUGACUUGGUUAUCAGAAAUGUGGACUAUGAUUUCGUCUUAGACGAGCUUAACCAAGUGGAAAGGCAAGACAAUGAGUCAUCAAGGAAGAUAGAGUUGCAGAAAAGCUUACUGGAUGUGAUGGAAUCAGAGAGGUUAAUUCUGUUAAAUGAGAAUGCUAGAUUGGGAUACAAGGUGGCUACGUUGAUGGAGGAAAACAAAGCGGUGUCUUCAGAAUCUUUGUUCAUGAAGAGGAAGGCUGCUGAGCUUGCGAGGUGCAUAUUAAAGAUGAGGGAGGAUCAUAGGGUUUGCAUGCUAAGUCGAAAGAUUGAGGAUCUUCAAGGGCAAAUAUACGGGUUAGAGAAGAGGAACAAGGAGUAUUAUGAUCAGCUUGUGAAGCAUGAAGAAGAGAAGAUGCGUAGGUCCAAAUCAAUGAAGGUUAAAAGAGAAGUUAGCCUGAAAUAUUGCUUUAAAGUUCCUGAAGAUGUUGUUGCUGGGAUUACUAGGAGCUUUAGUUUUGGAACUCUGAAAAAGGGCGGUGACCAGCAGGUUAAUGCUAAUGUUGAAGUUAGAAAGAAGGUUCCUAAGUUGUGGGAUAGGGUCAAGAAGUUUGAUAUCUUCUUUUGUGGACCUAAUUUCAACACAGCUUAUUGCUGAUGACAGGCAAUCAAAAUGUUUACUAUAUUGAAAUUAUUACUUUACUAGUAUACCGGUAAGUUGAGUAGAGAGAGACUUGAACUCUUGUAUUUUGUAUGUUCUACCCCAACCUUUUAGCAGGAUAUGAAUGACAUAUGAAAAAAACUUCAAUUUCUGCCCUAA